AUGGCCGAACAUUCCACCCAUAUUCGACACGUACUCCUUCACGAGUUCGAAUCUGGCCACCCCGCAGCUGAAGCCCAUCGAAACUUAAGGCGAGUAUUCGGCACUGAAGCCCCUUCUGAGCGGUCUGUGCGCGCCUGGUUCCAGCGCUUCAAAGACGGAAACAAGAAACUCGAAGAUGAGACGAAGAAUCUGGCGGAGCAGGAGAUCCAUAUCAAGUAUGCGGUAUUUUGCUGCCAGUCUUGGUUGUUCGCUGUCCACCGUGAGCAAUGGACUGCGAUCUCUCGAAAUGGUGGAAAAGCUCGGUCAGCGGCUCCCACAUACAUUGAGCGACAGCAACCCAACCGCCAAAGACGCCUGGACAUCUGA